AUGGGCCUCAGUCGCACGCCCCCUGCUCGCCUUCGGUGUUCCACCCACCCCAACCCCUUAUUAUCGCGAGAUCGUACCUUGAUCACAAUAUCCGAUCCUAAACCUCUUCGUACCGGCGAGCCACUCAGUAGCGGGGCAGCAGUUUCGACGAAUGCCCCUGUUAUCCAUGAUGACAGAACUCCCCCUGGGUCAUCGAGCGGUCUCAACAUGACUGUCCUAGACGUCGCCUCUGCUCUGCUUUCACUAUCAGACUCAUCGUCUUUACCUUCCACUCCGUCGUCACCAUCCGAUGCGCUAUCGCCGAGCUCUAGUCUCCGUUCGCAGUGUGUGGACGAACCAUCUUGGAACCUCAAACGCACUUCUUCUGGCAAAGAUCGCCGUUUCGUGCCCAUGAACGUCGACGACUUUAUUGCCUACUGUCCUGCGGCCUUAAAGUAUUUCAACGUUGAACCGGCAUAUCUUGGCUCUGCCCCGCAGCGAUCUCACGCUGCUAACCGCGAUCCAUCUCAUAUCCCGCGCCCACCAAACGCCUUUAUGCUUUAUCGGUCGUGGUUCUGCGCGACCACCCACUGCUCAGGACUACAACAAAACACUCUUCUCCGCACUAUCGGUGAUUGCUGGAGACGUCUCACAGACAAGGAACGCGAACCGUUCAUCUCUGCGGCUGCAAUCGCGAGACGUCGUCAUUCUGUCCUUUACCCCGGUUACCGGUACCGCCCGUGCACUAAGCCAAGCGCCGCACGCCUUGGACCCAAGUCAGAUGGAACUCGUGUCAAGGCCGACGUCGAGAAGAGCUUGUUGCCGACGAAGAAUAUCAAUAUCAUCAUCCCGCUCGCCGAGAUGCAGCGCAAGUGGUAUCGCUCCGUGCUCGAGUAG